CUGCAGCGGGCUGAGGCUGGCGCUGGGCUGCAGCGAGCGCUGCGGGGGGGCCUACGCCGCCCUCCUGGACCUGGUGCGGGCAAAGGUGACACCGGAGAGUGACACCCGUGGGGCGGCACCGGGCCCAGGAACCGCAGCAGAACCGAGCCCAACACCGGGACCUGAGCCCGCCCCAACGGAACCGAGCCCGGACCGGGCACCGGGACCCGGCCCCGCCCCAACGGAUCCGCCGGGGCCAGCAGAGCCAGAACCCCGGGAGGACCCCGCGGACAGCCCGGGGGCUCGCAGCUGCCGGGCCAUGGAGGAGGCAGCGCUGCGGGAACAGAUCCGGCGGCUCCGCGCCGAGCAGGCGGCGGUGGAGGGGUCCCUGCUGGACACCCCCGAGCCCCCCGAGCCCCCCCGGGCCCGGGACCCCCGAGCGCGGGCGGAGCGGGCGCUGCGGGAAGCGCGGGCGCUGCUGCCCGGCUGGAGGCGGCCGCAGAAGGAGGAGCUGCUGCAGGAGCUGGCGGGGCUCAAGGAGUCGCUGGCGGAGCUCCGGGCGCGGCUCCGCUCGGCGCAGCGGCAGAACCGGGCCCUGGAGCUGCUGCUGGCCGCGCACGGGCCGCGGGAAGCGGCGCUGCGGCUCCUGCUCCGGCAGCGGCGGCGGGAGCGGGACGGGGACCGAACCUCCGGCAGCUCCGGCAGCUCCGGCAGCGGCUCCGGCAGCAGCUCCGAGGAGGGAGCGCGGAUCGGCCGAGGGACAGCGAUGGCUCCGGGGAACCCUCCGGACCCCGAGAGAACGAGGGAGGAGCUGCUGCGGAUCCGGGCCCGGACGGAGCAGCUGCGCGGGCGCGCCCAGGAGCUGGCGCUGGCGCUGGAGCGGAGCAGCGCUGCCAGCCGAGCGCAGCAGGAGCGCAGCGCCGCCGUCACCAGGGAGCUGCUGCAGGCGCACAGCUCUCUGUCGCAGGCGCUGCGCGGCGCUCGCCGCGGGCACUCGGAGCGGCUGCGGGCGCGGGCGGCGGCGCUGCGGGCUCAGCACGGCCGCAGGGAGCGAGCCCUGAACCGGCGGCUGCGGCUGCUGCAGCGCCCCGGGGAGACCUGCAUCUAAAAUCCCGGAACCCCGGAAAUACCGGGGGAGACACGGGAAUACCGGGGGAGACAUGGGAAUAUCGGGGGAGACAUGGGAAUAUCGGGGGAGACAUGGGAAUAUCGGGGGAGACACGACAAUACCGGGGGAGACACGGGAAUACUGAGGGAGAUCCGGAAUCCCCGGGAGAGACACGGAAAUACUGGGGGAACCCCGGAAAUACCGGGGGAGACACGGGAAUACCGGGGGAGACACGGUAAUACCGGGGGAGACCCGGAAAUACCGGGGGAGACACGGCAAUACCGGGGGAGACACGGGAAUAUUGGGGGAGAUCCGGAAUCCCCGGGAAAGGCUCGAAAAUCCCGAGGGAAACCAGAAAAUACCGGGGGAAGCCCGGAAAUACCGGGGGAGACCCAAAAAUACCGAGGGAGACACGGGAAUAUCGGGGGAGACACGGGAAUAUCGGGGGAGACACGGCAAUAUCGGGGGA